AUCUUAGCAACAGCUACUGCCUUUCCGUUACUUAGUCUCAAGAGCUGUUACACCUCGUACCUCUGGGAUUGUCCAUGGUUGACAUGGAGGACAUGAUGUUAGAUGAAAGCAACCUCUUUGCAUCAGAGGGUGACAAUGCGGUUCUGGACACAGACGUGUAUGAUCAGGAAGGCUAUGAUGUCCCAGAUCCUGGGGUGCUCUCAGAAAGAAAUGAAUUGGGUCUGAAUGAGGCGCCACAGGUCCUGCAGCUCUUUACAAAUAGCCAGGGAUGGCGGAAAAUGACACUGCGUUCCCGAGCCCGCCUGCUGUGGCUGCAUCUGCGCACAUACCUCCAUGACAUUGUAGAAAAGGAGAAAAGAGCAGAGCUGCGAGUCACUCGGAUGACACAUGGGCUGGAGCCACUACGUCGUCUGAAGGUGGCAGCUGGCCUGCUCUCAGUAGCGCAGGACCCAGUGGGUGGACGCUUCAUGGUACUAGAUGGUGAAGGUUAUCUGCAUCAGCAUACCAAGGAUGGCUGGGUGCAGGCAAAGCUGCAGGCGCCUGUGUUGCUUAACGGGCUAGUGACUGUGCCUGGCCCUUUGGGAGAAGUGGGCCGCUUUGUAGGCUGGGGCCCAGCUGGACUGGCCAUAUUAGGGCCAGACUUCCACCUGCUCUGGCUGAGCCCACCACAGGAGAACAAGACACUGGGCCAGGAGCCUCUGUGUUGCUUACCAGUGCCCAGCCUGGGACUGUUGCUUGUGGCCCAGGUGGGAGGCAGCCUGGAGCUCUGGAAGUUCCGUUCAGGGGGUCGCCGCCUGGUGUCCUGUGGCUCACCUUUGCAACCACCGCCAGGCUUGUCUGGCUCUCUCAAGAGGCUGGCACUAGGGCCGGAAACUGACCGCGGUACCCAGCAUUGCUUUGCUGCCUAUGGCGCGGCAGUGCUCACUUUUGAUCUGGACGCCUGGACGCUAAUAAACGUGUGCCAGGAUCUGCAUAAAACUGUCAUCUCAGACCUGGAAUACUGUGAGGAGGUAGAAGCCAUGGUGACAGCUUCCCGGGACAGUACCGUGAAGGUGUGGGAGGCUGACUGGCAGAUCCGGAUGGUGUUCGUGGGCCACACAGGCCCAGUGACAGCUAUGACAGUGCUCCAGAACAGCUGGCUGGUAGUGUCUGCCUCACAGGAUGGGACACUUCGAACAUGGGACCUGAGGGCUGCAGCUCAGGUGGGAGAGGUAACACUGGGUUGCUGGAACCAAGACAUAUUAUCUGAGAGAGUGAGCCGUUUGCUGGCUCCUGCAGCUCCUGGCUGGUCGGUGCUCUCUCUGUGCUCAAAAAGUGUGGAGCUGUGGCGUGUGUGUGACCUCUAUUCGCCGUUAGCACAGCUAUCUGCUCCAGUGCUCCACAUACAGGUGGCGCCAGUGCUGCCGGCACCAGCUGAGCCGCCUCUGCCCUCUCGCCUUGUAUGCGCUUGUGCAGAUGGGUCGGUCUACCUGGUGUCAGCUGCUACGGGACGAACUGUGAGUUCACUGCUGCUGGAACCGGAGGACUGUGCUGCUGGGGUGGUUUAUUGUUUGUCUCGAGAAGCACUGUGGGUGUUGACACGCUCAGGGCACCUACUGCGCGCCAAUGCAGCACGCUGCCCCAUGGUCGUCCAGCACCGCCUGCGUCCAUCUCCACCCCCAGAGCCCCAGCCCUGCUGUCUGCACCUCUACAGCCAUCUCACAGACGCUCGUAGUGCGUUCACUUGCUGGGAGAUUGUGCGCCAUAAUAAGGGCGACAUGCUCCGCAGUGCCAUUGCCUGGGCCUGGAAAAAUAAGAACAGAUUCUUACCAAUGAUGGGGCACUCAGACGGCACCCUGUCGGUACUGGAUUGGCGCACAUCAAUGACAGUCUUUCGUACAGAAGCGCACAGUCCAAAACCAGUGACUGCUAUUGGGUCCACCUGGAACAGCAUUGUUACUUCAGGUGGCGAUCUGACAGUAAAGAUGUGGCGUGUGUUCCCGUAUGCCGAGGAGAGCCUGAGCCUGUUACGCACCUUUUCCUGUUGCCACCCGGCGGUAAUGCUCUGUGCUCUGGGCAAGCGCAUAACUGUAGGCUUUGAGGACCCAGAGAGCGCCACCUAUGGUCUGGUGCAGUUUGGCCUGGGUGACAAAAUGCGCUGUGACCACCGGCCACAGGAUGACCCUACGGACCACAUCACUGGCCUAUGCUGCUGCCCUACCCUCAAGAUAUAUGCGUGCUCCAGCCUGGACUGUACCAUCCGAAUCUGGACCUGGGAGAACCGGCUGCUGCGGCUCCUGCAGUUGGAUGGUCCCCCUCAGGCCCUGGCUUUCUCCAACAACGCUGGAGACCUGGUAUUCGCUCUAAGUUCCCGCCUCUGCCUGGUGUCCCACAAGCUCUACCUACCUACAUCCUAUCUGGUUGAGAAAUUGUGUCAGAAGUCCUCUGAUGUCGUAAAUGACCCUCCACUGCCGCUGAACAGCCAGAAGCCACUGACAUCCACCCAGCUGCAGAGGCUUGCCAGCCUCCAUGGAGCAGCCAGCCUCAGUGUGACCUUGCCCUUCAUCCAUCACGAGACAGCAACAAUUCAGCAGCCAGUGUUGAAGGAGGACUUGAAGGAUAUCAUAGCCCGGGAUCAAGACCUUCAAGAACUGAGGCAAGGACUAGUGGUCCCGGCACCCCGGCCCCAACUCUCCUGGAAGGUGCGCCAGGAAGCCUUUGACAGUUACUUAGAUCUGAUCUAUGGUUCUGGCCUGCUGGACAUAAAAUCUGGAAGGGAGUACCUGCAGUGGGGCACUGUGGGCCCCAUCACAGAGAAAGAGACUCAGGACAUGGGGAUCCAGCCAGGAGCUGCUACCAGUGGUGGACAGGCUACAUUAAACACUGACGUUCAGCCGGUGUCCCCACCUUCAGCCCCCCAAGCCCCAGGAGCCCCAGGCAGGCGCUUUGCCCGCCCUCCCCGUGUCUCCUUGCCCAUUCCACCCACUCACCGGAUAGUGCAUAGCCAGGCAUCCCAGCUUCUAGCACGUUCCUCGCUGAGCUGUGAGCUGGGCCUCAGUUUGGAUCUUCAGCUGCAGUGGGAUUCGUUUGGAGAAAAGAUCAUGGACCUGAACACAUCACCUGAUUACCUGAAGCAUAGGGUUCCACUGUUGCUGCACAGAAGGCCCCGAGAUCCUCUCUCAAAACUAGGGGGCUUCUUUCCUGCCACCAUACAGCCCCACAGGAAACGCACUCGGCCCAUCAGUUUUCCUGGCUGCGUGCCCAACUCUGUGAUACUGCGGCAGAUGUGGUUGCAUACAGAGGUCAGCUGCAUUGGCUCCCUAGAAGAACUCACCCAGGACAAAUUCAAGUCACUUGGAGGCAAGGAUGACCAGUGGCUGAAGCACAGAAGGCAUUCUACUGGCAGGUGGCAAAAGAAACUUAUCUAUUGGCUUCAGAGGGCGCGGAGGAGAGGGGAAGGAGAGGACAAUGAAGAGGAGGAUGAAGAGUUGGACAUGGACUGGGUCUCCUCUUCUCCAACUUCUGAACUCUGGGAAAGUCCCACGGACUUGACCACAAAGGACUUGACCACAAAACCUCAACCUGAAGUCACCAAGCCCAAGAUCCAAAUGGCUCCCCCUGAUCACCAGCCUGGGCGCUCACUCAUGGAAGAGCGCUAUGGGCAUUUGCCCAAGUUCCUGCAUCACUUUGUUGUCCAGAACUGGUUCAAAAAGCUGUUCCCUAUCUUUACCCUGGAGGCCUAUCCCGAGAUGGGCACCAUAGAAGGCUUGGCUUCAGUGUUUGUGGACUUCCUGCAAAAGGCGGGUACCUGGGCAGAAAGAGUAAAUCUUCUAAAUGCCCUGCUGAGGCUGAUUCCUGAGAUGAGCAGUGAGCUCCGCAGCCGCCUGCAGGCCAAACUCUUGUACUUACUCAACCAAGACCAGCCCCCUAGCCUCCAGGACAAGAUUCAGAAGCAGUUUGUGAUGCUGGCGCUGCAGCUGCUCCUGGCCUGCACCCUGGAGGUCCUUGAUGUGGUUUUGGAGAUCCUGACCUACUACCUCUACUCACCAGCCAGUCAGCAAGAACUCAGGAAUCUGCUGUUUGCACUGGGCCUCCAGGACCCACAGGGCUUCCUGUUCAAGGAGUUGGAGGUCUGGGCUGAGAACUUCAACCUUGACUCCAAGGCCAAUAUACGCACACAAUGCCAACAGAAGCUGGAGGAGAUUAGUCUUCAGAUGAGUAACUUGGAGCAGUCUGCAGCCAGUGCUUCCCUGGAACCUCCCAGGGAGGUCUCCUCGCAAGCCUCCCUUGUCUCUGGGGCACUCUUGCCUUCCUUGAGCACCUCUUGGCUACCCUCCCGGGCAUCGGAAGUCUCCUUGCGUAUUCAAGAGCUGAUGGUGUCACCUGCGCCUUCACUUUUGGAGCCCAUGUUAUCAUCCAUGCUAGAUAUCCGGUCUGCAAGCAUUAAGGCACAUUCUCGCAUGCGGUCAACCAAAAGAGUCUUCGCUGAUACACUGCAGGCCUUCUGUUCUGUGAUCCAGGACAAUUUGCGUGUUCCUGUGACCGCUGCAGUAAAAAAAGGGCCACCGCCACUGGAGGAGACAGAAUGGUCACACUCUCAGAUACUGGACCUUUUUUAUAUUGAUGUGCUUAAUUUCUUCUGUGAGAGGCACCGGACAUGGCAGCAGGGCUUGCUGGAGGAGGAGGAGGAAGAGGAGCGCUUACAUGUCUCACGCUUAAGCCAGCUACGGCCCAACAUCGUGGUGCGGCCGCCCCGGGAUCGCUGGCUCUAUCCCAUUUUUCGGCUGCAGGAGACCAGGCAACCAAGCGUUGGGAUGUUUCUUAGGGGUCACAGGCUGUACCGCCAUCGCCAUGGCCCAGCUCGUGAUGGCUCCCUUCGGGUGCUGAAGCUGCCACUGCCACGAGUGGAGUUGCAGCCUUUUCCCCCAGGUUGGCCUGCACCCCCACGGGCGCUACCCCCACUGCUCCUCCAACCUACACUGCAACGUUACUUUCUGCCCCAAGACACAAACCCUAACACCUACAGUUGACCUGGGGAACAGAUAGCCAACGUUCCAUGGUCAAGGCCUAGUCCUACCACCUUGGCAAA